AUCGGCAUCGGCAUCGAGGCAUCGGCAUUCCACGUUCUACGUUCCACGUUCGACACUUGACAUAGAAACAGAACAGCAACAACAACAACAACAAUAACAACAAGUGACGUAGAUAGAGAAAAAGACGGAGACGGCGGCUGAGGGAAAGCGCAUUGAGUUCGACUGUGCGACGAUCUCGAGCGAGGCGCACUUGUUGUGAGACUUGAGACUUUAUUAAACGUUUGCGUUUAGUCAACGGCCCGAACCAAAUCCGUUGAUCCGUUGAGCUGGUCUCGUGGGUGAUCAAAAACAGCUGAUUAAAAAAAAAUUAAAAAAAUUACGGCGAUUGUUGACAAUCUUGAAACAUAUUGGAAUUACAGACAGACACAGACAUAGAACCAGUUUUGAUAUUGUCAUUGUCUAAAUUAAAAACUUCGUUAAAAUGAGUAAAAUGCCGGAGACAACAAUGGCCGACCUGAGCCUGGCUGAUAAGACUGCUGUAAGGAAAUCCAGCGUGAUUGCUCGUCGAUUUUCCGAUGUUUCCACAUGCUCCUUUAGUUCGGCAUGUUUCACAGGAACAUCCGAGGAGGACGAUGUCUCGCCCAAGGAUGUGAAGCAGGUCAACACACGUGGCAGCAAUGAUUUUUGCGUGAAGAAUAUUGGCAAGGCCGGCUUCGGACGCCGGGAAAUUGCAAUUGCGGAGCAGGAGAUGCCGGGCAUUAUGGCGCUGCGUAAGCGUGCCGCCGACGACAAGCCGCUGUUGAACGCCAAAAUUGUGGGUUGUACUCACAUCAAUGCGCAGACGGCGGUUCUCAUUGAGACUCUGAUGCAAAUGGGCGCAUCCAUUCGCUGGGCGUCCUGCAACAUCUUCUCCACGCAGAACGCGGUGGCAGCCGCCCUGGCCGAGGCUGGGGUGCCGAUCUUUGCGUGGCGCGGCGAGACCGAAGAGGAGUUUUGGUGGUGCCUGGACAAGUGCAUACACUCCGAGGGCUGGCAACCCAAUCUGAUAUUGGAUGAUGGCGGCGAUGCUACCCAUUUGAUGCUCAAGAAAUACCCGGAGUACUUUAAGUCGAUCAAGGGCAUUGUCGAGGAGAGUUUGACAGGUGUUCACCGACUCUACCAGAUGUCGAAGGCCGGCAAACUCACCGUGCCGGCAAUAAAUGUGAAUGACUCUGUGACGAAAAAUAAGUUUGAUACUUACUACACAGCUCGCGACUCCAUCCUGGACAGUCUGAAGCGAACCACGGACAUCAUGUUUGGCGGGAAGCAGGUGGUAGUCUGUGGCUACGGGGACGUUGGCAAGGGUUGCGCCGAGGCGCUGCGUGGCCAGGGCUGCAUCGUUUACAUAACAGAGGUGGAUCCGAUCUGUGCACUUCAAGCGGCGAUGAACGGAUUCCGAGUGGUGCGUCUGGCGGAAGUCAUUCGUACGGUGGAUGUGGUGGUGAGUGCCACGGGCAACAAGCAUGUCGUCACUCGUGACCACAUGAAUCGCAUGAAGAACGGCUGCAUCCUUUGCAACAUGGGGCAUGCCAUCUCCGAGAUCGAUGUGAGCAGCCUGCACACACCGGAGAUGACUUGGCAGCAUGUACGCUCUCAAGUCGAUCACAUUAUUUGGCCCGACGGCAAGAUGAUCAUCCUGCUGGCCGAGGGACGUUUGGUUAAUCUGUCCUGCUCCACCGUCUCAUCCUUUGUCGUCUCCGUGGCCUCCUCGACACAGGCACUGGCGCUCAUCGAGCUCUUCUCAUCGCCAGGGCGCUACAAGUCCGAUGUGUAUCUGCUGCCAAAGAAGAUGGAUGAAUACGUGGCCGGCUUGCAUUUGUCGUCGUUUGAUGCCAAACUGACCGAGCUGACCACGGCGCAGUCCAAAUUCCUGGGUUUGAACAAGGCUGGGCCUUUCAAAGCAAACUAUUACAGAUAUUGAUAAAUGUUUGGCGCACUCUUGUUUUUUUGUGAAACAUUGGCUUAAAUACAAACAUGCGUUCAUAUGCGUGUUUUAUGUUAUAUUGUUGUAUUGUUUCAUUGAUUCAUUCUUGACCUGGUGUCUUUAAUAAUAAGUAAUGUAGUCUAUUAUUUGUUGUGUUCUAAUUCUAUAAAUAAAAUAAACAAACACAUAAAAAAAG